GACCAGGUUGUUUUAUAGGAUAUUCCAGGAACUCUACCCAGAAAUUAUAGCUUUAAUUUCAUUUGGUAAGCUCGUUUAAGUUUAGAUUUUCGCAUGUGGAAAUGUUUCAUAAAAAGCACAAUGAAUAAAUGCUUUUACGGUAGCAUGGUGCCACUGCUACUGUUGCUAUAAUAACCUCUCUAAUGGAUAAUGAGAUCCAUUUCGGUAAUUACUGUUUAUACCAUAACGGAUAAUUAUUUGAUCUUGAUCAAUGAUGUUAUUCAGAGUUUGUGUGGAAAUAUCUUCCUAAUAAAAAGGGUCACAACUCUCCUGCCACUGCAGUCCUAUUGUUGUAUAUUAUGGCUGCAGAAAUACAUAAAUGUGCCAUAUUUCGGUCCAGGAGAAUUUAUGUUAGCAGAAGUCAGACCUCCCAGAUCUUUUUACUGUCUCCAUCACAGAAAUUGGAUAAUUUUUGUAUAAAGCAAUCUUCUUAGCUUGUGAAGAUUUAAGUUUAAUUUUUAGAUAAUCCAGUGUUAUCUACAAAUGGCUUUCUUGUAUUUCUUGGGGAUGCAGUGACUUCUUAGAGGGGUUUCACACAAACGGAUGGACUAAAUGUUUUAAUGCUUCAUUGUAGUCAUGUAUGUUUUUCAGGACCAUUACUGUCUUCAAUACCUGAAUUUAACUAACAAGUUCAUCCAGUGAUCACAAUGGCAAUUCAUAUACCAGGACUUAUCGCCAUUAUUGUGUUUUAUCUACUGAUCUUACUGGUUGGAUUAUGGGCAGGAAGAAAAGCAAAGCAGACAGGCACUGAUGCAAACUCUGAAAAUGUGAUGCUGGCAGGGCGUAAUAUAGGUCUACUAGUUGGAGUGUUUACUAUGACAGCGACAUGGGUAGGAGGAGGUUUCAUCAAUGGAACAGCAGAAUAUAUUGUCAGAGAUGGGUUAAUCUGGUGCCAGGCUCCAUUUGGAUAUGCAGUGUCACUGUUAAUAGGAGGUUAUUUCUUUGCAAAUAAGAUGAGAUCUCAGGGUUAUGUUACCAUGUUGGACCCCUUCUCCCAGAAAUAUGGAGAGAGAAUGGGUGGAUUGCUAUACAUUCCAGCUUUACUGGGAGAGGUAUUCUGGUCAGCAGCCAUAUUGGCAGCUCUUGGUGCUACUUUAUCUGUUAUACUUGAGUUGGAUCCAAAGAUUUCUAUCAUUGUAUCAGCAUGUAUUGCUGUGUUCUACACUUUGUUUGGAGGACUGUACUCUGUAGCAUAUACAGAUGUUGUACAACUUAUCUGUAUAUUUGUUGGCUUGUGGGUGUCCAUUCCAUUUGCCUUCACACAUGAAGCAGUUGGUGAUAUCACAGUGAAUGCAACUGUGAACUGGGUGAAAACAAUUGAUCCAGUUUAUUCUGGGGUGUAUAUAGACAGCUACUUGCUGCUGAUGUUUGGAGGAAUCCCAUGGCAGGUGUAUUUCCAGCGGGUAUUGUCAGCAAGUACAGUACGUAAUGCCCAGAUCUUGUCAUAUGUUGCUGCAUUUGGUUGUAUUGUUAUGUCAAUACCUUCCAUACUCAUUGGAGCCAUAGCAUCUGUAACAGAUUGGAAUCAAACUGAGUAUGCACACAUUGGAACAGUGCCAAUCCCUUCUGAGGACUUAAACCUGGUACUGCCCCUAGUUCUACAAUACUUGACUCCACAAGCAGUAGCGUUUAUUGGACUUGGUGCUGUUUCUGCAGCUGUAAUGUCGUCUGCUGAUUCCUCCAUAUUGUCUGCUAGCGCCAUGUUUGCUAGAAAUGUGUACAAGCUGAUUUUCAGACAAAAUGCAUCAGAAAGAGAAAUCCUUUGGGUAAUGAGGGUUUCUAUAUUUGGUGUUGGUAUCCUAGCAACUGUGAUGGGCAUCACCGUAGAUUCCAUCUACACACUGUGGUUCCUGUGUUCAGAUCUGGUAUACGUUGUGUUGUUCCCGCAGCUCUUGUGUGUUAUAUAUCUACGUUGGACUAACACGUAUGGUUCCCUUGCUGGAUAUAUACUUGGACUAUUCUUUCGGCUGGCUGGAGGUGAAGAAGCACUUAAUAUUCCUAUUCUUAUAAAAUACCCAUUUUAUGACGAAACACAUGGUCAACUUUUCCCGUUUAAAACACUAGGCAUGCUUAUUACAUUAACAUCGAUUGUUGCUUUCUCGUACCUGACCAAGUAUUUGUUUGAACAUGCUAUAUUGCAUAGAAAGUUAGAUAUAUUUAUGUGUGUUGUAAAUACACCAGAUGAAAACAUAGCUCUGCGUGAUACAGAACAGAGCGAAAUGUCAGCGAUAACUCCUACAGAUGAAAAGAAUGGAAAAAUAAACCCUGCGCUAAAAUUUUCAUCAGAUGAUCUUCCGAUUUUACAAGGAAAAGACUUUGCUUACGAGAAAAAUCUGUCACCAGAUAUGUAUAAAUAAAACAUGCAUAUUACUGUAAAUAUUUAGCACCUGCAGAUGAAAAAAAAAUGAACUCAGUGCUAACAUUUUCAUAAGAUCUUUUGUUUUAAGUGGAAAGGUGUUUGCUUACAAGAAAAUUUUGUCUCCAGAUAUGUAUAAAUAAUGAAUGCAUAAAAAAUGUUGUUACUGUAAAUAUCUAUUAUCUAACAUCCACUGAAGAAAGGGAUUGAAAAUAGAAACUCAGCACAAUUUUCAGCAGAGGAACUUUUGGAUUUACAAGGAAAAGAGUCUGCUUACGAGAAAAAUCUGUCAUCAGAUUUGUAUAAAAAACAUAGCGUUACACAGAAAUGAUGUUGUCAUAAAUAUAUCUGCGUGUUCAUUGAAUAUGUCUUAGCAGUUACAUUUAAGCAGCCAGCAAAUCGAAGGAUGAAACAAAAUGAAGGAUGAAAAAAAUCAAAUAAAUAGACAUGUUUUAGUUUAGUAAUUAGCACUAUUGUCAAGUUGUUUCAUAAUGAGUAGAUUUUUGUCGAGCCCGCUUGCGGAAGCGAGGACAUAGUUGUCCAAAUGGCUGUUCGGUGUAUGUGCGUGCGUCCGUGCAUGCGUCUGUGUGUACGUCUGUCCGAUUUGUUUGUCCAGACCAUAACUUUGACAUGCAUGGAGCAAUCUCGUUUAUAUUUGGCAUGAAUGUUAACCUCAUUGAGAUGAAGUGUCUUGCGCAAAGGUCAAGAUCACACUUGGAGGUCAAAGGUUAAAUUCAAUAAUGACUUUGUCCAGAGUAUUUCUUCUUCAUGCAUGGAGGGAUUUUGAUGUAACUUGGCACAAAUGUUCACAACAAUAUGACGGAGUGUCAUGCACAAGAACCAGGUCCCUAGAUCUAAGGUCAAGGUCACACUUAGAGGUCAAAGAUCAGAUACAAGAAUGACUUUGUCCGGAGCAUUUUUUUUUCAUGCAUGGAGGGAUAUUGGUGUAACUUGGCACAGUUGUUCACCCUCAUGAGACGGAGUGUCAUGUGUAAGAACCUAGAAUACUUCCCUUUGUUGUUACUAUAAAUAGCUUAUAUUGUAACUUUAUUAUUACUGGUCGUAGGGAAAAAUCAAAACCACUUUUCUGUUGUACAAUAUGUAUGUUACAUCUAAUUUUGAGGUGUAUUUUGACCCAUCUCUACUGGUAAGGAUUUUUGUGUGGACUUAGAUUUUUUUUAAAGAUUUACUUCCCUUUGUUGUUACUAUAAAUAACUUAUAUUGUAACUUUUUGCAAUCAUUUUUAUUUGGCAUAAAUGUUUGCCUCAAUGAGACAAGGUGUCAUGUGCAACUCCUAGUCCUUUUGACAGCUGGCGGGCUCGACAUGUUGCCCGUGGGCAUCUAGUUUUUCUUCAGAAUUUUGAACAUUUUUGGUCUGUAUCCAAAGACAAAUGAAUAUAACAUGUAUUUUAAAUUUAGUUUGUUAGUUGCGGCAUCAGUUGCAGCGUAAUUCAUCAUGAAUGGUUUAGAAGUGCGUAUAGAAUUCGCAUAUUGAAGGAUACGUAUUUCACAAACAGAGUCACAGUAUAAUGUUGUCGUUUUCCCAUUUUCAUGUGCGAACAUAGACAUGUGUAAUACCAGAAUUUGUUUUAAAAAAUCACUUUAGUCUGCCAUUGUAUAAAAAGCUUAUCUUAUAGGUUUUAGAUGCAUAUUUUUAACAUUUUGUGUCAACAACAAUAAUGUAUGUGGCAUAAUACAUUCCAUACAUAGCUCUAUGACAGAUCCUGUUUUCUUUAUCUCUAUCCAUAUAUGUACAAAUUGUAGGCUGAAUGCUAUAGUGUUCUAUGUCUGAAUUUAGAAUAAAUGAAAAAAUCGAUCCUUAAGAUUUUGACAUAAUUAACUAUGAACCAUUUUUCUACAGGAUUUGCAGGUUGGCAAUUUAAUUUCAAAGAAGAUAUAAGGGAAUUACAAUCUUUAUGCUUA